GAUGUCACAAUAUGCUCACCUCUCCACUAUCGAUCCCGAGUUCGCAGAGAUUGCAGACAGCCUAGGGCCCCCGCCCGAUGCCGAAGAAGAUGCGGAGAAUGACAUUCAUGCCAUGCGCGUUUCGGGAGCGUUGUUGAAUGCAUGGUAUCCCGGGUCUACUUUCCCUUCAGUGGAUAAGUAUGAUGCUAAAGAUCACAGGGUGGCCGUCCAGGGAGGUGAGAUCGUGGUGAGGUCCGUUGUGCCGACGUUGCAGGUCGCAGGAGAGACGUUUCCGUUAUUAGUCUGGUACCAUGCAGGAGGAUGGUCGCUGGGAAACAUUGACAUGGAUGACGCUAACUUAAGGCAUAUCUGUGUUGAUCUGCGAAUCUCCGUUAUAAAUGUUGACUACAGACUCGCUCCAGAAAAUCCUUUCCCAACGGGCUUCGACGAUUGUUAUGCUGCCCUCAAAUGGGCAGCAGAGCACGAGCGCGAAUUGUCUGCUUCCCUCUCGAAAGGGUUCAUAGUUGCAGGGGCGUCAGCAGGUGGAAACCUGUCCGCCGCUGUGGCACUUCGCGCUCGCGAUGAUCCGUUUUUCAAAGGUCGAAACCUCACUGGUCAAAUCCUUCACUACCCUGCCUUGUGUCACCCCGAUGUGUAUCCAGACAAAUACAAAAACGAGCUUCUAUCAAUGGACGCGUUGAAGGGCGUACCGAUCGUCUCAAAAAAGACUAUGUUCUGGUGCUACGAACUUCUUAAGGCUCCGCCUGCAAGUCCCUACUUCUCGCCUCUUCUUGCCCCCUCGCACGCGGGGUUGCCGCCAGCAUGCCUUCAAAUAUGCGGUCUUGAUCCGUUGCGUGAUGAAAGCUUUCUCUUUGAGAAACUACUUAGGGAACAGGGUGUCAAGACGAAGUUGCACGUAUACCCUGGCGUGCCACACGGUGUUAAUGCUCUAUGCUCACAGAUCACUACCGCGAAGCGGUUCGAAAGGGAGUUCAGGGAAGCCAUUGUGUGGAUUGUUGGCCUGUCUGCUCAGUAGUUGCUGAGAAGGUUAUCGUGCUGAUUUAAUUCAGGUGAUGUACUCAUGAAGGGUCUGUCAGGUACGAUGUGAUGCCAGACAAUGUACGAUGUAACAACAAAAUAUAGUUAUUUGAAGAGUG